AUGAGCACAUUCGUGGAUGAUAUAAAGGAACUUGUUGACAAACAACGAAGUGAUGUAAACAGAGCCUUUCUGGGACUUCAUAGUCCGUACUUAGUACGAGAAGAAUAUCGAGACCAUGUAAAACCGAGAGCGUUUUAGAUGCCACACUGGAGGAGCGUAAAACCAUCAUGAAAUCCGUAAAAGUUUUGGUUGACCCCACACGAUACCAGGAAGUACCCCGUUACCGCACAAAACCAGGCCUCCCGCACACGCUGAACACACCUGCCUCAAAUGUUAGUAGCGGCAACGAUGACUUUGAAGGUUCUAGUGACAUGGGAAAUCUGGAAGAAGACCCCGUCGUUGGUGUAAGGGUGGGUACAAUACUGGAGUGCUUGGAGGGUCUGCUGGAUACUUUUGCAAAGAAAGAUGUGGAAACUCUGGCAGAUAAGGCUGUCCGUCUCCAAACUGACGAUGGCAUUCGUACAGGAUUUGACAAAGACACAUUCUUUGUCAGGAGCACCUCCACAUCGAAGCCCCAUAUCGUUAAAAGAGUAGGGGCCGGUUUCUCUUGUGACAAAGAAUGCCUGGGGUUUGUGUCACGCAAAAUUUGUGCACAGACGGUGGCAGCUGCUGCAGCUAGUCAUUGUUUGUUACAAUUCAUUUCCUGGUUCAAGAAAAGCAGGCGAGGAAAAGAAAAUUUGACGUCCUUGACGACAUUCUAUGUCAACAGAGCUGCAGGGAAAAAG